AUGAGGACCCAGAAAUGCUCUAACCAGGACUACACAGGAGCAAACUGUCACCCACGCAAGCUUUACGGCAGGAAGAGACGUCUUAAACCCAACAGCAGCAAGAGGAAGAAAGGCAGUAACAGAACAGCUACGAACCCUGUACAGCACGACGAUCGUUCCUUACACAGAAAUGCAUACGACGUGUCAAAGCAGCAUCAAAAUAAAAUCCGACGGAAGAGCCACACGUCCCCUAAGGCCAAAAACCGACCUCUGGCUGCUAGCAACGACCCGGGACGUGCCUUUCGCCAGAAAGCUGAAGAUAUUGAACGUUCUCGAGGGAAAUGCGAAAUGCAUAAGGAAGUAGGUAACUGGAGCAAACGACAAUCACAAGGACGAGAAGAAGCUGACGAGACGGGAAGUUCCGUGGCAGCGCGCACUGCGAGAAGACCUGAAAGCAAGGCAGUCCCUCGAGCUUCGUACGAAAUAGAUGGCGAAAGAAUCGAGGAACGGCCGCAACCGAAAUUGGAAAGGAACAGCAGACGGCCCAUAGCCGGAUCGCGAGCCUAUGUAACCGAUGAGACUGAGGAAAUGCAUGCCAUACGAGGAGAGUCAGAUACCAGAAAAAAAAAUCGAGCUGAUAUGCCACAUCUUGCAAGUGCAAGAGCUCAUAUAAACGAUGCGGACACAAAUAUUAAUUCAAAGAGAAACACAGGUGGUGAACAAACGCGGUCAGACGAAAACGGUGCACAGGUACCUGGAUGCACAAGCGUACGGGGCAGCAAGGACAGGGAACGCCGGAAAGUGGAACACAGAGAGCAAUCAAAGGGGAAACCCAAGGAGAGAAAAGAAACCGACGUGGAGGAAGAUUCUUCGCCUGAGGCAGUUUUGCCUCACAGCCAAGCCACUCUGCAACGAGAAAGUGAGAUGGGCUCAGACGUGCUAUGCGAGAUGGGCGAUGUGGGUGAGCGUCAAAGCAGUGCCUGCCCAAGGUCUGUUCGCCGCUACAAUCCUUUCACAAUCAAGGUGUGCGUAUUCUUUUGCCGUAUCCUCAGAUAUGCCUGGAAAACUCAGAAGUGCUGA